GCCUCCGCGGCCGCUGGGCCUCACUGCGCAGGCGCCCGCGCGGCGUGGGCGCCGGCGUGGGCGCCGGCGUGGUCCCCAUGGAGUUACCUUAGCGGAGCCGGCACCUCCGGGAGCAUCCGGCAUGAGCGGCGCGGAGGCUGACCGCUGGGCGUGGCUGCUGGUGCUCAGCUUCGUGUUUGGGUGCAAUGUCCUCAGGAUCCUCCUCCCGUCCUUCUCCUCCUUCAUGUCCAGGCUGCUGCAGAAGGAUGCUGAGCAGGAGGCACAGAUGAGAGCAGAGAUCCAGGACAUGAAGCAGGAGCUCUCCACCGUCAACAUGAUGGAUGAAUUCGCCAGAUAUGCCAGGCUAGAGAGAAAGAUCAACAAGAUGACGGAUAAGCUUAAAACUCACGUGAAAGCUCGGACAGCUCAGUUGGCCAAGAUAAAAUGGGUUAUAAGUGUUGCCUUCUAUGUAUUGCAAGCUGCCCUGAUGGUGUCGCUCAUCUGGAAGUACUACUCAGUCCCUGUGGCUGUGGUACCGAGCAAGUGGAUCACUCCGCUAGACCGCCUGGUAGCAUUUCCGACUAGAGUAGCAGGUGGCGUUGGGAUUACCUGUUGGAUUUUAGUCUGUAACAAGGUUGUGGCGAUUGUGCUCCACCCUUUCAGCUGAAGGAAGACAGAUGCAACUGUGACAUCUUAGGGAGUGGAUUUCCGCUGAGGAGGUUACAAAUCUGAUUGAUGCUUUUUUUUUUUUUUUUAAGGAAACAAAAGCACACAGGUUAGUUUUUUUGUUGAAUGUGUUUGUUCUUGGAUUUUAUGUGAGAUACGAGAGUCCUGAUUUUGUACACUUGUCACUGAGCUGGAAGGCCAGGCUCUCCCACGUGUGACCCGGCCAGCAAGUCCCGGGUUUGUCACAAGAAGGGGCCUUGGCGGCACGUUAC